AAUUUCUGAAAGUGGGUAUGGCAUGACGUUGUCAUCGAGGACGAUAUUUUCAUUUUCCGACAUACGAAUUUUGCAAAUGUGAUACAUGGCAGAUGGCAGUAUCGAAAUGUGAAUUGUCGUGUAUGGAUUUGUUGUGAAGAAUAAUAGAGAAAUAUAGGAAAAAAAAUGGGACGAACAAUUUACGCCGAGGAACAUCUUCGCGCGUAUUUAACGUCUCUAGGAAAACCAGAUGGAUACGUAAUAGGGUUAAUUUUAGGACAGAGCUCUGGACAAAAAGACUACAUAGUGCAUUUAGCAAAGACACCACCGCCUCUAACUAAAAAUAUCGUAGAAGAAACAUCAAUUGGCUCUACGAUUCUUGAAGAACAAGAUACAGCAAAUACAUAUAUUAAAUCUGUUAAGGAUAUACCCAUCAGUUGGGUUGCUGAUCACGCUAAACAUGUUACAAAAAUGCUGCCUGGUGGAAUGUGGGUACUUGGUGUAUUUCUUGUUGGACCUGAGGAUAUAUUAGAUAAUACUAAUAAUGUACAGAAACUUAAAUCAGUUCUUAAUGCAAUUUACAAAACUCUAUCAUGGAAUAAUAAGCACCUCUGUGGAAAUAAUCAGGAUGAAAAGAUUAUAUUGAAUUUUAACAGCAUUACACAAAAAUGUAUUUGCAAGUCUAUAGACAUUAUUAAAGACAAUAUAUUAAAACCAGCCGACUGGAAAUUCCAAGAAAGGGCAACUAAAUGGCAUCAACUUGAAGCUCUAGUAGACUUUGAUAGAUUAUAUCUUAUUGCUGCAGAUAAGGAUCCUGAGACUUUCAAGAAACAGUUACAGAAUAUCUUGACAAGCGUAGCAGAUUUAAUCGAUUCUUCACUCGUCGUUAUCGAAGGGGAAGUGAGAGCUCCGGAUGACACCUUAGAAACGAUUGGUAAAAGAAAGAAGAAUAGCAAAGAAUGUAAAAGUAAAAAAAGCAAUAACAAUAACUCGCUUCAAGUUAGUCUGUACAUUCCUUGUGAGCAAAAUGAUACUAAUUCAUCUAUAAAAAUAAGAUCAUGUAAUGCAUCGAUACGAUUAAUUGGACAAUUAGUUAGUAGAACAUUUUUAUAUCAAAAAGCCAGUAUUGCAGAAGCUAACAUGGCUGUGAAACAAGAUAUAGUGAGAUCUCUGGCAAGCAGAUUGGAAAUGCAUUGGGACAGUUUAAUAGAAGAAGAAAAUGGUUCUCCGAAAGAAAAUAUCACGUUGCAUGAACCACCGCGGAGGGUACUGAUAGCGUUACCGGAAAACAAAGUCACGCUAUCGGAUUAUCUCUUUCCCGGCGAAGGACCGCAGGAAGCAUUAUUGUCGUUACAAGAACUUCUAGAUCUUAAGGUGCAAGAAAGCCAAGUACAAAAAGAAGUCGAACUACAAGCUGAUCCAACAGAAUUUUACUGCCAAAGUGAUGCCAAUAAUAAACCGUUGGACAGUAAUACUGAUACAACCAGAAAUAAUCAUCAAACAAGCAUUUAUAAAAUAACCGUUUAUCUUACUGGAUUAAGUAUUGCGCUUAUUAUAUUGAUAAUAGCUGUCCUUGUACAUCGAUUUCUCACGAUUUAAUAUAUAUAUUCGAUAUUUGUAUUUCAUUAAUAAUGUACUUGAGAGAGAUACAGGCACACACACUGUGUUUUACACAUUAUAUCUCAAUAUGUCUAUUUUAAAAUAUAAUACAUUUUUGAAAUGUG